AUGGCAAUUAAUAGGGAGAAAUGUCAGUUACUGGGACCAGUUUCCAUAACUAUUCAAAUAGCAAUGGGAGCAAUUGCAAUUAUAUCGUUAUUGUUAAAGAGGAAUUACGAACAUCCUAGGAGGAAAAUGAUUGUAUGGAUCUAUGAUGUUGGGAAGCAAGUUAUUGGUUCUCUAGUGAUCCAUUUUUUAAAUUUAGGAAUAAGUAUAUUAAAGGGGAAAAGGGAAAAUAUUCCAUACCGUUUAUUAAAAGCUUUUCUAAUGUCAACUGGAGAGGAGUUUCAAAAAUUGGAAAGUGAUGAUGAUGAUGAAGAUCAAUGCGAUUGGUAUUUUUUAAAUUUAUUGUUAGACACAACAAUUGGUAUCCCAAUUCUAUGGGCCUCUUUGACUAUGAUAGAAAACGUUUGUAUAUACUUUAAAGUUGAAAAUAUCGAAAGUGGUAAUUAUUUUGCUUCAAAAGAGACUGUUGAUAAUGAAAAUGGGAUUGCAAAGUCUCCGAAACCAUUGAAAAAGGCUUUUAUUAAACAGUUGAUUGUAUUCACUAGUGGAUUGCUUCUAAUGAAAAUCAUAAUUUUUGGAAUUUUAAAUUAUUUUGAAGAUGUCGCUUAUUGGUUUGCUAAUUUACUCCUAGGGUGGUCUGAUCCAUGGCCUAAUUUCCAAGUAUUUUUAGUUAUGUUUGUGAGUCCUAUAUUAUUAAAUUGUUUCCAAUAUUUUUGCGUUGAUAAUAUCAUUAAACUACCGAUAGAUCAUAUUAAUAUGCAAAACUCCAAUAACUUCGAGCCGGAUUCCUAUAAUGGCGAUGACGAUUUCAUAACUAAAAUAUUAAACCGUGUAUCUGGUAUAAAUGGCAAUCCAAGUAAAAAAUUACUUCCAGCUAGCUCUAGAGAUACUCAACAGUAUGGUUCUAUAUGA